AUGCAGCGCGGUCCAAGCGGUCUUGCAGCCCACCGGCUACGCUACCACUCAUCACAAAAGGUUGAGGAUCUUUACGAGCCGUUGCGAAAGCCGCAACAGGUGAUAGCCAGAGACCACAACCUCAACUCGGCUAUUCCGUGGGUUUCGCACAAGCGAGCGAGCCGAAUUUUCACAGUCCCCAACGGUCUGAAGCCUCUUCGCACCCCGACCUGGUGCCAAGCAGGCGUCCUCGUACUCAUCUCGGCGGUCACGUUCUAG